UUGACGCGGCGCAUUGAUCGUUAGCAGCCACGUCUCAAAGUCAGGUGCACACAUUCUCGAUAUGGGUGACUCCGAUAGAUAGGUGGUGUUUGUGUACAGGGAGUGUGGUGGAAUAUGGCGGACAGCACGGCUGGCUCUGUAGCCUCCACUCAUUUCGCUCCCAUGCUACCGCACGAGACAGCGGCUAGCUAACGUCAAUGGGCAACUUCCUGCUUUCACAGCGCUCUCUGUUGUCUCGUUGACUGGCUGGGUUUUGCGAUAUUUCUCACUCCAAGUUGAAGCACCCAGAGUCAAAGAGAAGACUUUCCAGCCUCUGCAGCAGAGGACCGGGGACACCGGGACUUUAAUCAUUGACCGCAAGACUGACAGACUGAUCAAUCAGAAGAUGGACUAACGCUCAGAACUCUCAUCGAACCCUCUCCUCCCGCUCUCUCUUCACCCACCUGUCGAGAGGGGGAGGGUGGGCCCCUGGGGGCCCACGGCCGGUAGGCGGGAUGCCGGGCAGCAAGCAGACUGGCAUGCUCCCGCUGUGGCGCCUGCUGUCGCCGCUCCACACCCACCGAGUGGCGGUGGCCCGCAGCGACAGCCUGUCGGGAGAGAAGAUGCUGAAGCUCACGGUCACAGAGACGACGGUGAUCGAGGCGGAGUCCGGCGUGUGGAACUGGCGCUCGCUGACCUACCUGGGCCUCUGGUACUUCUUCAGCUUCUGCACCCUGUUCCUCAACAAGUACAUCCUGUCGCUGCUGGAGGGGGAGCCCAGCAUGCUGGGGGCUAUUCAGAUGCUCUCCACCACCGUCAUAGGCUUCCUAAAGAUGUAUGUGCCCUGUUGCCUGUACCAGCACAAGACCAGAACUGAGUACCCCACCAACUUCAUCAUGAUCAUGCUGUUUGUUGGGCUCAUGAGGUUCACUACAGUGGUUCUGGGCUUGGUGAGCCUGAAAAACGUGGCGGUGUCUUUCGCGGAGACGGUGAAGAGCUCGGCACCCAUCUUCACUGUCAUCAUGUCCAGGCUGAUCCUCGGGGAGUACACAGGGCUGUGGGUGAACCUGUCCCUGUUCCCUGUCAUGGCGGGCCUGGCCCUCUGCACCGCCUCGGAGAUAAGCUUCAACAUGCUCGGCUUCUCUGCCGCUCUCUCCACCAACAUCAUGGACUGUUUGCAGAACGUGUUCUCCAAAAAACUGCUGAGUGGAGACACGUACAAGUUCAGCCCUGCAGAACUGCAGUUCUACACCAGUGCAGCGGCAGUCGUCAUGCUUAUACCUGCCUGGGUGUUCCUCUUGGACAUCCCAGUGAUCGGGAAGAAUGGGCGGAGCUUCAUCUUCAGCCAAGACAUUAUCGUGUUGCUGCUUUUGGACGGCGGCCUGUUCCACCUGCAGAGCGUCACUGCCUAUGCUCUCAUGGGACGGAUUUCCCCAGUAACCUUCAGUGUCGCCAGCACUGUCAAACAUGCCAUGUCGGUUUGGCUGAGCAUCAUCGUGUUCAGCAACCAGAUCAACUUCCUCAGCGCCAUCGGCACCUUCUUCGUGUUCGUCGGUGUCUUUUUGUACAACAAGGCCCGGCAGAGGCAGAGGGCGACCUUUCAGGCCAUGGCCGCCGAGCAGAACUACAAACCACUCGAGAACGUCCACGCCCCUGAGUCGCACUGAGGACUCGCAACUCACGGCUGAAAUGCUGCCUGGAAUGGGAUCGAGGUGUGAACCUUAUUUGCUUUACUGUGGCUGUCCAGCCACGAUGACUGGAUAUCUGGUCGUUCUUCACCGUGCACACAUUCCAGUUGAAGAGGAACCACUUAUGUUUUGUUUUUCCCAGGAUGCAUUAAGUGUCACUGUCAUGUCUUCGACUUUGUCCCAAACCUGAUUACGCUCUAACGCAUCCUUGAUCCUUUGCUUUGGGUCCGUAAAAAGGGGGAAGCUCAGGGUGUCCUUCAGCGUUUUGAAGGCAGUGGCUUCUGUAAGCCCUCUGUCUUACCUUUGCAUUCCAGAGUGUGCUGGUUUAUCUCUCAUCUGUGGUUCAGCAGCUGCUGAAUGUAUAAAUAUUUUUAAAUCAUUGAAGCUGCAAGAUUUUAAUUCUGUUUGUUUUUCCUACACUGUAAUGUAAAAUUGAUCUUGACUGCAUCUGAAUUUGAGAUGUGAAUUGGGCGCUGGUGCCUGAGACGGGAGGCUCGUCUGACACACGUUUUAAACAAUGUGUGCAACAUUUGAAAGCCACAUACUGCAUUCCAGGAAUGCUCAUCCUACAAGUGUGGCAGGUGUAUGUAAGGGUUUAUGUACUUUUUUUUUUUUUUUUUUUUUUUUUAAUUGACU